AUGGGAAUGGCAAUAACUUCCUAUAGGAUAAAAAAUGCAUCAGAUAGGAAUGCUGCCCAAUUAAUCAUUUCUGGUUUCACAGGAAUAUUAAAAAAUUGGUGGGAUAAUUAUCUAACUGAAGAUAAUAGAGCUCACAUAAUAAAUGCUGCAAUCAUAAGAAAUGUGUUAAAAGUGCAGGGUGAAACCCAAGUAGUCAUUGAAGAAACAACGAGAAGAUGCUUGACAACACUAAUUUCUGAUAUUGCUAAACACUUUAUUGGAGAACCAAAACUUUUCCGAGAUCGUAGUUUAGAACUAUUAAACAAUCUUAAGUGCCCUAAGUUAGAAGACUUUAGGUGGUAUAAAGAUAUGUUUUUAGAAAAAGUUAUGAUAAGAGAAGACUGCAGUAAUGAUUUCUGGAAAGAAAGAUUUAUUAGUGGUCUACCUUCUUUGUUCGCCGAUAAGGUUAGAACUAAAAUCAAAGAUAGGUUUAAUGGAAGAAUUCCUUAUGAAAACCUAACUUAUGGAGAUAUAAUUAGUUAUGUUAAUGUGACAAGUCUUGAACUUUGCACAGAUUUAAAACUAAAACAUUAUCUAAAGAAGGACCAACAACAGUCCAGGAAAGAGCUAGGAAGCUUUUGUCAAGACUUCGGUUUUGAAAAGAUUUCAGCUCCAUCCAGAUCAAAAGAUAAGAAAUCUACACAUUCUAAACCUAUUCAUAGGAAGAAAAAGAAAAGAGUAGAUCAAUCUUAUAAAACAAAACCACGAAAGAGGUCACCAAAACAAAGUCUUUGGUGA